AUGGCGUCGCAAUUGCAGGCAGCCGCGCCGGAAUCGGACUGGAAAUCCGACGUUUCAGCCGACGCUUUCGACGAAUCUACAUUCUUCCUGCGCCGUUGCUGCUGCAUCUGGACUUUCCCUUGCUACGGCACGCCCAAAACCAAAAAUUGGGAGCGAAUUUCGACAUCGGAGACCGAAGACGUCGCCGGAGACCGGAGUUGGUGGAGCGAUGGAGUGGAGGCGUUUAAGAAGGUGAGGGAAUGGUCGGAGCUAGUGGCGGGGCCGAAGUGGAAGACGUUCAUCAGGCGGUUCAACAAGGCGCCGGCGCGGCCGAAGUCGGGGAAAUUCCAGUAUGAUCCUUGUAGCUACGCGUUGAAUUUUGAUCAAGGUCCGGGGCAAAACGGUCAAUUCGAGGACGACGGAGUUUUCCGAGACUUUCCGUCGCGGUAUGCGGCGAUCCCGGCGCAGAACAGCCUGUUGAAGGACGGUGCGACGCUCACGUGA